AUGGAGAACGCCCACACUCAGGAGACAGCCGCGUGCUUGGCCUAUUUCAACGUGAGCGAGGGCACGGGCCUCACACCUGAGCAGGUCAAGAAGAGCCUGGCCAAGUAUGGCUAUAAUGAGCUGCCUGCCGAGGAAGGUAAAUCAAUUUGGGAGCUGGUGGUGGAGCAGUUUGAAGAUUUGUUGGUCAGGAUUCUGCUGUUGGCAGCCUGCAUCUCUUUUGUCCUGGCCUGGUUUGAAGAGGGUGAGGAGACGGUCACCGCCUUUGUUGAGCCAUUUGUCAUCCUGCUUAUCCUCAUUGCCAACGCUGUGGUCGGGGUAUGGCAGGAGCGCAACGCCGAGAGCGCCAUCGAGGCCCUGAAGGAGUACGAGCCGGAGAUGGGCAAAGUGUACCGCGCUGACCGGAAGAGUGUUCAGAGAAUUAAGGCCAGAGAGAUCGUCCCCGGAGACGUUGUAGAAGUGUCAGUUGGUGAUAAAGUCCCCGCUGAUAUCAGAAUCACUUCCAUCAAGUCCACAACUCUGCGUGUUGACCAGUCCAUCCUUACCGGAGAGUCUGUGAGUGUGAUUAAGCACACAGAUGCUGUUCCUGACCCCAGAGCAGUCAACCAGGACAAGAAGAACAUGCUGUUCUCUGGCACCAACAUCGCUGCAGGUAAAGCCAUCGGUGUGGCUGUGGCUACUGGGGUGUCCACUGAGAUCGGUAAAAUCCGUGACCAGAUGGCGGCCACAGAGCAGGAGAAGACGCCCCUCCAGCAGAAGCUGGAUGAGUUCGGCGAGCAGCUCUCCAAAGUGAUCUCUCUCAUCUGCGUUGCUGUGUGGCUCAUCAACAUCGGUCAUUUCAAUGACCCUGUACACGGAGGCUCCUGGAUCCGCGGCGCUGUUUACUACUUUAAGAUUGCUGUGGCUCUGGCUGUGGCUGCCAUCCCUGAGGGUCUGCCCGCUGUGAUCACUACCUGCCUGGCUCUGGGGACAAGGCGCAUGGCCAAGAAGAACGCCAUCGUACGCUCUCUGCCCUCUGUGGAGACUCUUGGCUGCACCUCUGUCAUCUGCUCCGACAAAACGGGCACACUCACCACCAACCAGAUGUGUGUCACCAAGAUGUUCAUCAUCGAUAAGGUAGACGGCGACUCUGUAACUCUGGAUCAGUAUGACAUCUCUGGCUCAAAGUACACCCCUGAGGGAGAAGUAACAAAGGGAGGCCUUCCAGUCAAGUGUGGUCAGUAUGAUGGCCUGAUUGAGCUGGCCACUAUCUGUGCCCUGUGCAAUGACUCCUCUCUGGACUACAAUGAGUCUAAGGGCAUCUAUGAGAAGGUGGGUGAAGCCACUGAGACUGCGCUGAGUUGUCUGGUGGAGAAGAUGAACGUGUUCAACACCGAGGUCCGUAACCUAUCCAAGGUGGAGAGAGCCAACGCCUGUUGCUCUGUGAUCAAGCAGCUGAUGAAGAAGGAGUUUACUCUGGAGUUCUCCCGUGACAGGAAGUCUAUGUCUGUCUACUGCACCCCAGCUAAGCCCUCCAAGUCCCCCAUGGGCAACAGGAUGUUUGUCAAGGGUGCUCCUGAAGGUGUGAUUGACAGGUGUGCCUAUGUGCGUGUGGGCACUAGCCGCGUACCCCUUACUGGCUCUGUAAAAGAUAAGAUCAUGGCUGUGAUUAAGGAGUGGGGCACUGGACGGGACACCUUGCGCUGCCUGGCCCUCGCUACCCGGGAUGCCCCGCUGAAGAAAGAGGAGAUGAACCUGGAAGAUUCCACCAAGUUUGUUGAGUAUGAGACUGACCUCACCUUUGUGGGCUGUGUCGGCAUGCUGGAUCCCCCUCGUAAGGAGGUCAUGGGCUCCAUCCAGCUGUGCAAGGCUGCUGGCAUUCGAGUCAUCAUGAUCACUGGUGAUAAUAAGGGCACUGCUGUGGCUAUUUGCCGUCGUAUCGGCAUCUUUGGUGAGGAUGAGGAUGUGACUGGACGUGCCUUCACAGGCCGUGAGUUUGACGACUUGCCUCUGAGUCAGCAGAGAGAUGCUGUGCGUAAGGCUUGCUGCUUCGCCCGUGUUGAACCGUCCCACAAGAGCAAAAUCGUGGAAUUCCUGCAAGGCUAUGAUGAGAUCACUGCUAUGACUGGUGACGGUGUGAAUGAUGCCCCUGCUCUGAAGAAGGCAGAGAUUGGCAUUGCCAUGGGCUCUGGCACUGCUGUUGCCAAGUCAGCCUCGGAGAUGGUCCUGGCCGAUGACAACUUCUCCUCUAUUGUAGCUGCUGUUGAGGAAGGCAGGGCCAUCUACAACAACAUGAAACAGUUCAUUCGCUACCUCAUCUCUUCCAACGUCGGAGAGGUCGUCUGUAUCUUCUUGACCGCUGCCCUCGGUUUGCCUGAGGCACUGAUCCCAGUACAGUUGCUGUGGGUCAACCUGGUCACUGAUGGUCUUCCAGCCACAGCUCUUGGUUUCAACCCCCCUGACCUGGACAUCAUGGGCAAGGCUCCCCGCUCCCCCAAAGAGCCACUCAUCUCUGGCUGGCUCUUCUUCAGAUACCUGGCCAUCGGAGGUUAUGUUGGAGCUGCUACUGUGGCUGCUGCUGCUUGGUGGUUCUUGUACUCUGAUGAUGGCCCUAUGGUGACCUUCUACCAGCUGUCUCACUUCAUGCAGUGCAGUGCUGAUAAUGAGGCCUUUGAUGGCAUCGAGUGUGAGGUGUUCGAGGCUGCUCCCCCCAUGACCAUGGCCCUGUCUGUGUUGGUCACCAUUGAAAUGUGCAAUGCCCUCAACAGCUUGUCAGAAAACCAGUCCCUGCUACGUAUGCCUCCGUGGAGCAACGUCUGGCUGGUGGCAGCCAUGUCUCUGUCCAUGUCCCUGCACUUUAUGAUCAUCUAUGUUGAUCCUUUGCCUAUGAUUUUCAAGUUGACUCAUCUGACUCUGGAUCAGUGGAUUGUGGUGCUGCAGCUUUCUCUCCCCGUCAUCCUCAUCGACGAGGUGCUCAAGUUCAUUGCUCGCAACUACCUGGAGCCCUAAACCCGUUCCCUUCACAAUUCCUGUAACAAAGCAAGAAAAAGAGGAAAACCUGGUGGCUAAAAAAUGGGACUAAGAAGAAAAAGCUGCUUAAAUGCAGGAGAGUUAUGAAAACACUCAGUGAUGUGUUUCAAAAUCUGAGUGCACUUAACCAGCCUGCAACCAGCCAGUCAGUCAACCAACAGCAAUCAACACACCGCAAAGUGCAAAAAACCCUUAAACAAAA